UUUUUUUUUUUGUUUUUUGUAACAAUUUUAAUAUGGCAAUCAAGUUAUCACCAGCAGGACAAAGAUUAGCAACGAUAAUUGUUUCCGCUCCAUUUGUAGUAGUUACAUCUUGGAUACUCUAUAAACGAGUUGUACUCGGGGAAGAACGUAGAGUGUCAAAUGGUUAUGCGGUACGGCCUAUGGGUGUAAAAGACCGUAAUGAAAGAGACAAUAAUAGUAUUUAAGAAUUAUAACAUGUAUUUAUUUAUUUUUUUAUAUCCUCCUCCUCCUCCUCCUCCUCCCAUAACAACAAUAAGCUUUUUUUUUUUUAAUUCCUGUUAUUAAAACUUACUACUUU